AUGAACGUGACGCCGCCGGCAUCCCCGCCACCGCCACCGCUACCGAUCACUUCGCCACUGUCAUUGUAUCAGCCUUGUCCAGUGAGUAGAGUCGAGACGAUAGGUGAUUUUUUUCUCCUCGGCGCAAAGCUGACUCUCCCACCUCGCCUUUUGAGCCUGGCUUGAGAGGCGACGAUUGCAGUCAAGCUGCGUGCAACUCUACUUUCCAAGAACCCGAUGAGCGCUUUCUCGCUAGCAACACUAGUCUCACUGGCUGCUCGACCUGUGCAGAUGGCUUUCGUGGUAUCAAUGUGAGCACUCGCGCUCGUAGCGCCAAGUAAGAGUAGGCCAGGGCAAUACUGAGCUUCUACUCCCGCCCUCCCGACAGUGCAACGUAUGUUUCGGAGCUCAAUCAUGCGCUUCUCUGGCCAAAGAGCUGGGAGUAGGUGCGAACAAUAGCAGCAACCCUGCUGUAACGUCGACCUCAAGUGCUUUGGGCCAAGGUCUUGCUCUGUCCACCCUCUCGUGUCAUGCUCAACCUCGCGUCGUGCCAAGUAGUGUUCACUAUGGCGAAUGCAGCAUCGACAAUCCAACAUUGAGCUCAGUCUUUCCUGGUGCUCAAUUCACCAUCGCCAUCACGAAAGUAGGCAAUGACGGGCCCGGCGACUUUGCUGCUACUGGUCUGGCGCCUUGGGACGCCAAGGCUGCAUCCGCCUUGUCGAGUGUAUUUUUGGACGGCAAACAGCAAUUCUACUGCCAAGCAAGCAGCUGCUCCGCCUCCAACACGACCACUGCGGUAUCUCAGCCUGAUGCUAAGUUCGGAACGGACAAUUGGACGUGCCAAGAUCUCGGUGAGCGUGCUUGGAGCUAUGGCAUUGCUUGUCUACACCAGCUGACUAUGCGAUUACGGGGGUCUGCAGCUUGCCACUGUAUUCCUGGAACGACCUUCUGCAGCAAGCCAGGCCUUCAGCUGGACAAGGUGCGUUGCCUCUUCCACACGCGGCCCCUGGCCCACAAAUUCACUCUUCCUGCUCCUACCCUUCACCGCAGCUGAUCAACGGACUUGACGGAAACCUUUCGCUACCCUGCGAUUAUGGUGAUCCUGCCAAUCCUUCGGCACGGACCACCUGCGCCUUCAAAUCCGCCACCAUCAUGCAAUUUCUAGGUGCGAAUGGAUUGCGACUCAACAACUGCCUGUUCGGAGGUUGCGUUUCGCAAAGCGCACUGCAGACCCUGUGGUCACAGGAAGCCGAAGCUGCCCGACACAGCGUGAAGGGCAGUAGCAAAUUAUCCGGCAAGGUCGCUGGCGCCAUUUCCGCUGUAGCCAUCUUGAUCGCUCUGGUCAUAGCUCUACUGAUGUGGGGUCUAUUUCUUCGUCGACGGGCCAUGGGUCAGCCUCGGCAAGAUGCUCCUGGAGCUCUGGGACUGCGUUGGACCAGUAUAGAGUACAAAGUCCGAUCCAGCUCCGGCCUACGACGCCGCGAGGUUCCACACAAAGAUAGCUCCACCAUCGAGCUCCAGGACAUCGAUGAGGAUCCUGAAGUGCCGAACGACACCGGCGACACGACGGUUUUGCAUCCUAUGGGAGGCGAAUGCGAGCCUGGAAGCCUGACGGCCUUGAUGGGUGCGAGCGGCGCAGGCAAAAGCAGCCUCGUCGAAAUUCUAGCUGGCAAAGCGAAGGAUGGGCUCUUCAGGGGCAGCAUCCACUACACUGUUGCUAGUGGAGCGCUCCUUGGCGAGCCUAAUCCCUGCGAUCAGCGCACGUUGGCAUUCGUCGACCAAGAUGACGCCCUUCCUGGCUAUUUGACAGUCAGAGGUAAGCAUCUGUGGGCGCGGUCGCUCUUGCCGGAGCAAAGCUCACACGAAGACAUUCUUCACCCACCGCAGAAGCGCUUGAGGCAGCUUGCCAAUUGGCACUGCCCGAGAAUCGCACUCGUGAAGAGCGCGCACGUAUCAUCAAUGAUGUCCUCACGGUGUUGGGUCUCAUCCGCGUCCAGCACAGACUGAUUGGAAGCGCACAGAAGCGCGGAUUGUGCGUAUCCAGUGCACUCGAGGUCUUUGGUACCGCUAACAGAAACUUGCUUCGUGUGAUAGAUCGGGUGGUGAGCGUCGCCGCGUGUCGAUAGGAUGUGCGCUUGUGGGUCGACCCCGGCUUUUGAUCUUGGAUGAGCCCCUAUCAGUGCGUGCGAAUCGAGCUGGUCAAUCAUUCGUCGCGCAAGCUGACCCGAACGGAUGUCACAUGCAUUCUACAGGGCCUUGAUGCCAUGGCAGCAAGCGCAGUGAUGGACCUUCUGCGUAACCUUGCGUCGGGCGCUCAUGGAACAACGAUCUUACUCACUAUACACCAGCCAUCGUCGGACCUCUUCAUGGCACCAGACCACGUCAUGGUUCUUGCGCACGGACAUGUCGUGUUUGAUGGUGUCCCAGAGCAGGCCAUUGACUUCUGUUCCAGGGUGAGUGUCGGCGUGCGACAGAUUCCACCCACACCUUUGAGCUAAAACAUAGCCCCCUUACCGCAGCGAGGCAUCAACUUGAAGCCCGGCCAAGGCGUUGCUGAGACCCUUCUACAUUUGACAAAGGACGGCCCGGAAAGUGCAAAGCGUAGCCGCGGUUACUCUGUCACCAAGAGUUUGUGAGUCUAAUUCCGGCUGUGCUCAAUCGAGCAUUGCGCAUAUUUUCUGACAGUCCUUUGGGCCCUCUUUCUGCGCAAGCUUGGAGACUGGUCGUGAAAGUUCCGUGUCAGGAAAGCGCAUCAUCCACGAAGGCGUGCGGACGCAAGUGCUGACGCAAGUCAUGGUGUUGUGUCGCCGACUUUGGCUCCAAACCAAACGCGAGCCGACUGGCGCACUUGCCCACAUCCUAGGAGCUGUGAUCCUGGGCUUGUUCACUGGUGGAGCUUUCUUCCAGGUCAAGCUGACCAUCGGAGGUGAGCCUGCACGAAGUAAGUUUGCCGCAUGAUCGAGCUCAUUGCUUCUCUUCCUCGUGAUGUUGCACAGGCUUCCAGAAUCGUGUAGGAUCGAUGGUGAGCGAGCGUCUCAGCCUUUAUACUUGUUGUGGUGUUAUGCUGACCUUGGCCUGCCUCUGCCGCCAGUUCUUCACUCUGCUCUUGCUAGCCUUCUCUGCCCUUUCGGCCGUUACCGGCAUCAAUGCGGCAAGGACCUUGAUGGAACGCGAGCGCGGCUCGGGGAUGUACGGCCCUCUGCCCUGGCUUGUCUCGCACGUUGCAUUCGACCUCUUCUUCCUGCGAGUGAUUCCUGCCGUCAUUUUGACAAUUAUCAUCUAUUGGAUGGUGAGUGUUGCAUUCGCUCUGACUGACUCGACAGGUUUCGCUGAACGUGCGAGCCGAAUAACCCCUUUUCCAGGUUGGUCUAGCGCACGAUGCCGCACGCUUCUUCGAGUUCAUGCUCAUCACGAUUGUGUUUGCGUGCGACGCCGGCAUCACGAAUGCCAUUCUUGGCGUGCUGUUCCGCAACCUAUCGACCGCCAUUCUCUGCGCGAGUCUUCUCCUCAUCUUCCAGCUCGGCUUUGCUGGCUUUUUGCUCAAUGUCAAAACUCUCCCCAAAGUGCUCAGGUGGCUAUCUUGGCUCUGUCCGAUUCGUUACGCCUUGGAAGCUGUGGGCACUAACGAAUUGGAAGGGCUAUCAAUUGUUGACAACUUGAGCGGCGUAGCUAUCAACACCCCGGUCAGCCUGGUGGCGCCCGGGCUCUUUGGAUUCACAGACAACGCCUACUACAGGAAUCUUCUUGUUCUCGCCCUGGGCUUCUUGCUAGCCCACCUGCUCAUUCUAGGUCUUGCCGUGCACUACCUCAUGCGAGAACGUCGCUGA